AUUAGUUUCGUCGCCUUCGUCGCCAUCAUAGCGACGAGAUCGCGACCGUUUUCGGCCGCUGAGCCAAGAAACGAGGUUGUCGUCGUCGUUUGCGACGAAAAGCAAGGCAGAGCUUUUGCUCUGUUAUACACGUGUCCGUAGUCAUCGUAGUACAGUACUAUCGGGCGUCGAUUAUCGGCAUCUGGGCGAUAUUCUCUACACCUUUGACGCUGAGAAAACAUGGCUUAUUGAAGAAGAUGAAGGGUCUGCGAAAAUACACUGUUUCUCCAUACGGAGGAGACCACAGCCUCGUUUACGCUGGAAGUCAGCACGAGCACAUUUGUGCCAGAAAUGGAAAAGAACACAAAAUUCCCGCAGUCCUCCGCGAAGGGGGGUCCUGCUGAUUCAAAGAAAACACAAGAUGUUAUAAAUGGUAAGCUCUUUCCAAGGUCCUCACGCCGACGCGAAACAACUGGCACUAAUAGCUUCUCAAAAUAUGAACAGCCAAGGAAGUGUAAUGUACAGAAAACAAAAAGUUUUGAUAAGAGACCAAAACCUAAAGGACAGUAUCAUGGUGGUUCAAAGGAGGAUACCAAGGUAGUGGAAGCAGAAUUAGCUGAGCAUGGCUCAGUAUUGGUCCAAGGAAGUAAAAAGCAGAAUUUGAAUCAUCUGCUGAAUUUUCAUUAUGAACCGCGUGAAAUGCAAAGUGGUUCGGGUGCAUGGAGUCAUGGAAAGUCAAUAAAGAGUUGCUCUCGCAACAGUAAUAGAUGGCUUCCACCAGUCCAGAGACACAAAUACAACAAAGAACAGUUUCUACAAGCCAGCUGCCAAUUUGUUGUAACUGCCAAUGGAAAUUACACGUUAUAUCUGACUGAUCCUGAUGCUUUAGUUGACUGGAAAUUAGUGGAGCAAAUUAAACUUUAUAGUUCUGAAUGCUUGUCUUGUCCAAUUUGUUUGGGUAUGCCAGUUGCUGGAAAAAUGACACGUUGUGGUCAUGUUUAUUGUUGGCCCUGCAUUCUUCAUUACUUAUCACUUUCUGACAAAUCUUGGCGUAAAUGUCCCAUUUGUUAUGAAUUGAUUCAGAAAUCUGAUUUGAAAAGUGUUACUGAAAUCAUGCAAAGUCCGCUAAAUUCAGGAGAUAUUGUUACUUUACGUUUGAUGCGCCGUGAAAGAGGUUCAUUGCUUGCUGUACCCGUUGGGUCUGUAACGCAAAAUCCAACAAACUUUUUUCCAGCUGCAGAUGCUAUUAGCAAAGAUGUGUAUUCAAAACUUCUCAUUGCAAAUACAAACGAUAUUAUGAGUGUUAUUGAAGGGGAACGUGUUCAAUUAAAAUUGGAAAUGUCUGAUAAUCCUGAUUCGCCAGAAAAUUGUUACAUUGAAGAAGCACUUAAUGAACUUUCAGAAAGAGAAGAGGAGCUAUUACAAGGGAACAAAUCAACAUCAGAAAUGAAUACAGCUUUAAUAACAAAAGAACAGGGCAACGACACUGAAAAACAGGAAUUACAAGAUUAUGAAGAAAUCAGUAAUGUUUCAGAUAAGAAAGACCUAAAAAGUUUAGAUGAAGAAUCUAUCAAAAUAACGGAAAAUUCAAGUGGUAGUCUUCAGUCGACUUCGAGUGUACAAAAGUUUUUUUAUUUUUAUCAAGCCGAUGAUGGGCAACAUCUAUACCUUCACGCAAUGAAUGUGAAGAUGCUGGAAAAGCAGUAUGGUAGUCUUGAGAAUUCUCCGCAUGUUAUUAAAGGAAAACUCCUGGAAAAGGAAGGAGGAAUUUUUACAGAAGAUUUAAGACGUAGACUGAGAUAUCUAUGUCAUUUGCCACUUACUUGCCAAUUUGAAAUAGCCGAAAUUGAUUUAAAACCGCCGAUUGUAUCGGAACAAGUUCUAUCAUCGUUUCAGGAUCAGUUAGCAUUGAGACAUAAACGCAGGAAACAGCGAGAACUUGAGGAACGAAAGAGAGAGAAGAAGAUCACCGAAGAAGAAAAUAAGCGAAUGGGAAGAUACCCAACGCCAAAAGUACACAUCGAUUCACAGCGACAUUUUCCUCAAUGGCAGCCAGAAUCAUUAGUUCCUGAGGAAAGUAUUCCUUCGCCUCCAGAAUCAACGACAAAUUCCAGCAUAGCUAGCAGUCCGUCGUUGAGCACGUUCGACGAAAUUGUUCGAAACAGACAAACUGACAAUACCGCGCAUGAACAGGGACCAUCGUUCGCAGAAAUGUUGCGGAACACCGGUACACGCUCGAAACCUCGAAACUCGGCGGCGUGGCCUUCUGUCAGCUCCAUGCGCGGAGAGUCCAAUUCAAGUCUGUCUGCUCAGACGUUUUCAAAAAAUACAGAGGAAGAAGACGAUUACUUCUCCGCAUCGUCAUACAGUCAAAGUUUCGGCGAUGCUAUAGCAGCCGCUUUAGAACAAACGAAGUUAUCAGGAGCCAAGAAGAAUGGUGGUAAAAAGAAGAAGAGGGGAAAGUCGACUGUACUGUUCGAAACUACUAUGGCACACACAUCUUAAUUUUCAGUCCUAAUAAUGCUGGGUCUUUACCUUCUUACUUUUAAAUUUCGCCAUCGAUUUGUUAUUUACAAUAUUUUAGAUUUUUGGGGUAAUAACUUUAGAAAAUUAUUAAACUUCUAGUACAAUCAUAUUCUAAUGGUGUCACAUCUCACGUCGAUCCAAUUUUCAUCAUUGUAUUAUCGAUUACGGAUAUAAUUGUUUUCUGUAGCAGCCUGUUGUGCUUGCAAAUAAAAUUUUGUUUUAUUGAA